ACAUAAAUCACGAGUGGAAGGCAGGCUUGGUGCCCCCUGCGUCGGGAAGCUGCUGCCCCCUCCCUUGCUCGCACAGGGUUUUGCAGCAGUGGUGGCAGCCGCCACUGAUUCCGGUUCUGGGGAAGCAAUUGAUUCGUCUACUGCCAGCAGCCGGGAGUUGCCUACGCAGACGACAGAGAGAAAGAGAAAGAGAGACAGAAAGGGAGAGAGGAGAGAAAGAGUGAGAGAUUGAGAGAAAGAGACUGGGAGAGAGAGAGCGGGAGAGAGAUUCACAGAGCAAAAAUGUGCAGAGCAGUCUGAGGGAGCCACUGUCUUUGCCUUGUCCAUUGAUUUGUCUGUUUUCUCCUCUUCCGGCAGUGGUAUUUCUUUUCAUCGUGGUCCUGCAUGAUUUAGGGGUACUUGGCACCUCUGCUGAGCUUUCAAACCAAGUCAUCCGGAGUUAGCGUAUUCCCACCCAGCAGGGAAGAGAGGAGUUGGCAAGAAUUUGGCUCACCCAUUCCCCCUGCAUUCCUCUGGUGUUGUGGAGCACCAGACUUCUGCCAUGACUGACACCGUGUUCAGCAACAACUCCAAUCGUUGGAUGUGUCCCAGUGACCGACCCCUUCAGUCAAAUGACAAAGAACAGCUUCAGAUGGGAUGGUCUGUCCAUCCCAGUGGUCAGCCCGACCGACAGAGGAAGCAGGAAGAGCUGACCGAUGAGGAGAAGGAAAUCAUCAACAGGGUGAUUGCUCGUGCCGAGAAGAUGGAAGAGAUGGAGCAGGAGCGAAUCGGGCGCCUGGUGGACCGUCUGGAGAACAUGAGGAAGAACGUGGCUGGGGACGGGGUGAACCGCUGCAUACUGUGCGGAGAACAGCUGGGGAUGCUGGGCUCUGCCUGUGUGGUGUGUGAGGACUGUAAGAAGAACAUCUGCACCAAGUGUGGAGUGGAGACUUCCAACAACCGCCCGCGUUCUGUGUGGCUCUGCAAAAUCUGCAUCGAGCAGAGAGAGGUGUGGAAGCGUUCCGGAGCAUGGUUCUUCAAGGGCUUCCCCAAACAAGUCCUCCCACAGCCUAUGCCCAUAAAGAAGACCAAGCCCCAGCAGCCUGGCAGUGAGCCCGCUGCCCCCGAGCAGCCCGCCCCUGAGCCCAAGCACGCUGCCCGGGCUCCAGCUCGAGGCCCUGACCUGGCCUCAGCUCCUGGGCGAGGAAGCUAUGGGCCUCCUGUGCGCAGGGCCUCUGAGGCACGAAUGAGUUCAUCCAGCCGGGAUUCAGAAAGCUGGGACCACAGCCACGGUGGGACCAGCGGUGACCCCAGCCGGAGCCCAGCAGGUUUGAGACGGGCUAACUCAGUCCAGGCCUCUAAACCUACUCCGGCCUCGACGCAGAGCCCAGCACCUCCUCAGCCUGGACAGCCAGGGCCCCCAGGAGGCAGCAGACCCAGUCCCGGGCCAGCCGGACGAUUUCCAGAUCAGAGACCAGAGGUGGCUCCUGGCGACCCUGGCUAUACAGGGGCCACCGCCCCACCCCAGGAGGAGAGAACAGGGGGCGUUGGGGGCUACUUGGCAGCCGGAGCGAGGGAAGACCGUGCGGGCCACCCUCCAGGCCCCUACUCCCAAGCGUGUGCUGCUGCUCCCCAGCCGGCCGCGGCCCCUGCCCGCCAGCCCCCACCCCAGGAGGAGGAGGAGGAGGAAGCCAACAGCUACGAUUCAGAUGAAGCAACCACCCUGGGUGCCCUGGAGUUCAGCCUUCUGUACGACCAGGACAACAGCUCCCUGCACUGCACCAUCAUAAAGGCCAAGGGACUGAAGCCCAUGGAUUCCAAUGGCUUGGCUGAUCCCUACGUUAAGCUGCACCUCCUGCCGGGAGCCAGCAAGUCCAACAAGCUUCGUACAAAAACCCUGCGGAACACUCGAAACCCCAUCUGGAACGAGACUCUGGUGUAUCAUGGCAUCACGGACGAGGACAUGCAGAGGAAGACCCUCAGGAUCUCUGUCUGUGAUGAGGACAAAUUUGGCCAUAAUGAGUUUAUCGGAGAGACCAGAUUCUCCCUCAAGAAACUGAAGCCGAACCAGAGGAAGAACUUCAAUAUCUGUCUGGAGCGGGUGAUCCCGAUGAAGCGUGCGGGGACCACCGGAACAGCCCGAGGCAUGGCCCUUUAUGAGGAGGAGCAGGUGGAGCGUAUUGGUGACAUAGAGGAACGCGGCAAGAUCCUGGUGUCCCUCAUGUACAGCACACAGCAGGGAGGCCUCAUUGUGGGCAUCAUACGCUGUGUGCACCUGGCGGCCAUGGACGCCAAUGGCUACUCAGAUCCAUUCGUCAAGCUCUGGCUGAAACCAGACAUGGGAAAGAAAGCCAAACAUAAGACUCAAAUUAAGAAGAAAACCUUGAAUCCUGAAUUUAAUGAGGAGUUUUUCUAUGACAUCAAACAUAGUGACCUGGCGAAGAAGUCACUGGACAUCUCAGUCUGGGACUAUGACAUCGGCAAGUCCAAUGAUUACAUCGGAGGCUGCCAGCUGGGCAUCUCAGCCAAGGGAGAGCGCUUAAAACACUGGUACGAGUGUCUGAAAAACAAAGACAAGAAGAUCGAACGCUGGCACCAGCUACAGAAUGAGAACCACGUGUCGAGUGAUUAGGAUGGAGCCCAGGCCCCCAGCCCCAUGCCCCAUCCCCCUCCAGCCUACCCCAGCUGCCCUUGCGCUCUGGUCUCGUCUCUACACCUCCCACACCCCAUCCCUCCCAGAGCCUGCCUUUGAGGUCUGCCCCACACCUUGGACGUUGCCACCCAAAGCCUCCCCUCUCCGUGAUGCUGCGAUGCAGGCUCUGAAUGCAGCCCCUUACUGAUCCCUUAGGGUUGGAGCCACAGGGAUCAGGACGGAGAGAUUUUCACAAGAAGGUUGUCAAUUUAACAACUUCUCAGCCUGGGUAAAUUACAAAAGUUCUUCAUCAUUCGGGACUGUUUUUAGACCCUCCUGUCCUUGGACUCACACUCACACACACAUACACGCACACACACAAAAUUUGUGUUUCCUACAUCUCAUCUGCCUGUAUCCUCAGUUGUCAGCAGAGCUAGACAAGGCUGUGAGGCCGAGCAUUGGGGCAGACAUGGGGCAGACAUAGAGCAUCCAGGCUCCCGUCUGGGUACCCAACUCUUCCACAUCAGACCCCCUAAUUGCCAUGAAAACAGCCCCCCGUGUUUAAAACCUCCCCCCAUGACUAGGAACCCAGCUUCCCAGCUACAGAUGCAUCAGGAAAUGACCAUGCAGAAUACCCAAAGGGGCUUAGUAGGCCCCCUCAUUCAGGAUGUCUUCUGUUUGCUUCCUAGCAGAAGACAGCUCCCAUCCUCCACCAGCCCUCCUUCGCUCUCCUCCUCCUCCCCGUUCCCAGUCCCUGCCCCUGCACCACACUGAACUCGCCCUCUUUUCCCCCACUUCUCUGCUCUCCUCUCACCUCUCUCCCCUUCUCUUUUCUCCCUCCCUAAGGAGAUAAAAUAGCAAAAGCAAAAAAGUGUAUCUUAACACAGCCUCACCUCCUCGCCUCCCCUCACCAGCCUAACCAGCAAACUCCUAGGAACUAACAGAACCCGAACUCCCACAUGGGUCCGCGCUUCUGUAACCACCCACCUUUCCUGUUGGCAGAGCUGGUGUCCUCGCGGGUCUCAGGCCGGCUGCUGGCACUGCCCCAGGUGCACGGUAGCAUCCUGCAAGCUGUGUAGACGCCCCAGAGAGGGGCUUUCUCAGCCCCUGGCCUCCCCACGUGGGUGCACAAGGUGUUUAAACCAGAGUUCUGGGUUGCAGGGGGCCUCCCCAAAGCCCCCAGCCUUUCUCUUUCCUUUGCUCUGAGUUAAAUGAAUCAAUGACACCCCCUGCCCCUGAGACACUCCCUCUCUCUCUCCCCCCUCCCUCCCCUCUCCUCCUCUCUCUCUCUCUCUCCCUCCCUCCCUCCCCCCCCUCCCCUCUCCCCCCCCUCCUCUCUCUCCUUCUCUUGCACUGACUUCAUUGUGUUGGGAGUAUAGAUCCCCAUCAUGGAUCUAAAACUUUACAGAGUGACAGAUCCCGACACCAAAGGCUUUGUCCCAUCAUGGAUUCUUCAGUCUUUCUUCCAACAUAAAAAAUGUUUUAAAGGAGGAAAAGGCAACGGGGACAAAUGUUGUAAGUUUCGGGGUCGGUCUUCAGUGCCCUGUGAGAAUGGCUUGAUUUCUCUGGAUUUCCAGGAAGUCUUACCCCAUGAAAAUCACCUCCCUCUGUCCAACACCCCAUCAUUAUCUACAGAAGCCGUCAGACAGACAAUGAAACUCUCACUUUCUCCAGCCACACAACUUGUAACCUUCCAUUUCAGUGCCCUCCACCCCUAGCUCCCUUGACAAGUCAUGGGAAGUCACUGAUUUCUCGCCUUGAAUAACCAUUUUCUAGACACAGAGUACUUAGUAUUUCCACCUUCUCCGAGAUGGCCAAUGGCUUCCUGGCUGCCAUCUUCCCUACUGACCCUCUCUCUUCCCAGUGGCCCCCUUGGUGCCCACUCUCAGCCCACCUCCUUUUCAUGGUUGCCUGUAGGAGAAAGCAUGCUGGCUGUGUCACCCAGGCCUAGCGCUGGUAUUGGCGCUGGAAUCAGCAUGCAGCUAGCUCACGGUGCCCCCAGUCCGGGCACACGCUCUUCCAGGCGCGUGUAAGCACCUCCCUGCCCUCUGGUGCAUGCAGAACCACCCAUCACCGUUCUUUGUGAUGAUGUAGGCAACAAUAAAGUAGCAAUAUCCAGGAAGAC